AUGACAGCCACGAAAAAGCUGCGAAUACUUUGUCUACACGGAUAUCGGCAAAACGACGUGCUAUUCCGUGAGAAGACGGGAAGUCUCAGGAAGCAGUUCAAGAAAUACGCAGAUUUUGAGUUCAUAUGUGCUCCUCUAGUGCCGAACGUUGAUUCAGAAGAUAGGGGCGACGUGCGGGGCUGGUGGUUUUCGCGGGAAGACAAUCAGUUCAGCUCACGUGAUAUAUGCUCCAUCGCAACAGGAUUUGAACAGUCGGUAUCAAUAGUUCGUGACUAUGUGCAUUCAAAUGGCCCCUUCGACGGAAUACUCGGUUUUAGUCAAGGGGCUUCAAUGACCCACUUGUUGCUAGCGAUGGAACAGCUUGGAGAAAUUAGUGAUCAGGUCGUUGCUUAUACGAAUAGUGAGAAACUUAAAGCGAUGUUCUGUGAUUGUGUUUCGAUUGUUCAUGAUGGUGGCCAUUUUAUACCGACGAUGUCUAAGCAUAAAGAUAAAUGUAUAUUCAAGAUGGGCAACUGCGUUAGUGAAGAUGCUCAGAGAGGUCACAAAGAUUUUCUGAAAAAUGUUAAAUGUGAUCCAGAAAAGCAGGUCACCUCUUUCCGAGUCUAUUUACAUCGGCGAAACAAGUUCAUUCACGCAUGGUUACGGAUUUCUGCUGAUGAUGUGACGUUAGAACGAUCUAAAACAGACAUAGUUGUAUGGCCACUACAGUUUCUUCGACGCUACGGCUAUACGUCGGCAGGCGUUUUCUUUUUCGAGAGUGGUCGACGUUGUCCAACUGGAGAAGGUUUGCAUACGUUCCAAAGUCAAAACGCGGAUGCUAUCUUCCAGCUAGUGCAGUCAAGAAUUCAAGACAAUGCUAAUACACAUCACGCCGAAACCAUGAGACGUGGGGAACGAGCUCGAAGCACUGGCCCAACCAUGGCAACUGGUGUUUCAGUACGAUGUAUCAAUCCUAUACAAAGAUAUGGGAGCGAAGGAGCUGGCGUGGGAUCGGAAUACCUUGCUCAACCAGCUGGUUAUAAUUCUUACCAUCGUGGAUCAGUGCAACGUCUUCGUAACGUGGUUAUACCGCCUCCCCCCAGACCAAGAAGCGUAGGAGAAGCCGAACCUUCAUGCUUACCUCCUGACAGUUUCCAUCCACAUCGUCAUAACACGUUUGUGGAUCAACGAAUAGUCGGAAACAUUGUCUCUGUUAGCACAAAUCCGUCUGCUGUGGAUGAUGUGACAGGCAGAAGGACUUCAUCGACGAGUCAACACUCUUCUCAUGGUGUCUUUUCGGUUCCAUAUGUGAAUAUUUCCCCGCAAGAAGUUUUCAGUGAUUCUUCGCCACCGAUGAGACGUCGUGGCGUCUCAUCGUCCAGCAGUCAGUGCAGUUUACCUACCACACCAACACGAACUGUUUUCCCGUUAAGAUGGGAUACCGGAGCAGGCUCGACGAACGUUCUUUGUUAUACCAAGCCAGUCCCUUCGCCAUCUGUGUUUAACAACUGCAACAAUACACCUUCUGGUGAUACUUCAAUACCACCUGGACGUUAUGUGAACGUUACAGAGAUAGAAUAUUAA